GUUGUACAUACAGAAGAAAACGGGGACCCCCAGAACGAGUCUUGCUGCAGAAAUGCCCGGUGAAUGGACAUCUUGGUUCAAUGUGGACCAUCCUGGGGGCGAGGGGGAUUUUGAGACUCUAGAGGCCAUUCGGUUCUACUACCGGGAACGGGUGUGCUCCCAGCCCAUGGCGAUCCAAGCCCGGACCACAGAGUGGGAACUGCCAGAGGAGGUGGGCGAGGUGGUGCAUUACAACCCCCAGGAAGGCUUCCGCUGCCUCAACCAGGAGCAGCCUGGGGGCAAAAGCUGUUCCAAUUAUCACGUCCGUUUCCUAUGUCCACCAGAUCCCAUGGAUUGGUUGGGCUGGUCAAACUGGUCGGACUGGAGUACCUGUUCACGAACUGCUUGCGGGGUUAGCGGCGUCCAGACUCGGAACCGGACUUGUUUGAACACCUCUAGUUUGGUGCUGGGGCAGCGGCUGAAAUGUUUGGGGAAACCGAUGGAGCGCCGAACCUGCAGCACCGGACCAUGCCAAGAGACAAAGUGGAGCUCCUGGGGGGCUUGGAGUCCCUGUUCCAAGACCUGCGGCAGUGGGGGGAGACGGGUGAGGCGGCGGAGCUGCCAGAAGUCAAAGCACGCACGCUGCGCUGGACGCCCUUCGGAGGUGCAGAAGUGCCCCCAGACGCCCUGCCCAGCUUGUCAGCUCAGCUGUGAUACGGGCAUUCCCAGCAAGGACUGUAGCACUUGCAUCUGUCCCAACCACACCCUUUCGGGGAUUGUACGAAGCGCUGAUGGAACGGUUCUUGCCAAUGCGCAGAUCUCUCUUGUGGAACGGCCAGCAGCUGUGCUGGCAUGGAGUGACUCCCAGGGCCAGUUCAUGAUCCGUGGCAUCUGCACUGGGAGUGCUGCCAACAUUAGCGCACGGCUGGAGCGUUUUGCCUCAGGCAUGACUUCCGUGACUGCUGAUGGCUCCCGUACGUCCCUGGCAGAGAUUGUGCUCCACAGACUUGAGAAGCCUUAUAUGGUUGUCCAUCCUGAAUCGAAGGUGAGGAGAGUUGGGUCAAAGGUUCAAUUUUGCUGCAGUGCACAAGGCACCCCGGAGCCAAGGAAAUAUUACUGGUAUCAUAAUGGAACACUCCUGGAUCGGAAGAUGUACAAGUAUGACAGCCGCUUGGUCAUGAAGGACCUGGGGCCGCAUCAAGCUGGUUCAUAUUACUGCAAAGCCAGCAGUGACGUGGGCUCUAUCAAAUCGUCCAUCGCCCAUUUGACAAUCAUAGAGCCAGGAAUUUCUGCCUGCACAGCUCAGCCAGAGGAGUAUCUUAUCAGACUUCCUGACGAGUGUUUCCAAGAAGGCACACACUCCCACUUCUACAAUGUCGGCCGCUGUCCCAAAGCCCUUUGUGAUGGAAGCUUGGUGGACAGUUUGCAGUGCCAAGAUGGUGUGGAGCACUGUUGUGGGACGCGGCGCAUGGAGGUGCAGGAGAUUCACUGUGUCGGGUAUAUCUUGCCCAUCAAGGUGGUCGCAGAGUGCGGGUGUGCCUCCUGCACCCAGCCCAAGGUCCUGGUCCGUGGGAAAGCUUCGGCAGCUGACAAUGGUGAGCCCCUGCGUUUUGGUGAGAUCUACCUAGGUGCUGAGAAGAUCGGCUUCACUGGCUACAAGGGAACUUUCACCAUUGAGGUUCCACCCAACACGCAGCGGUUGGUGGUCAAAUUUGUGGAUCGGAUGCAGAAAUUUGUGGAUGCCGUCAAGGUCUUCCCCUUUGACCAGCGUGGUGGAGCUGUAUACCAGGAUGUCAGACUGAUGAGGAGGAAAAAGCCUGUUACUUUGGAAGCGACAGAGACCAACGUCAUCCCUCUGGGAGAGGUGACCAGAGAGGAUCCCGUUGGGGAGAUAGUCAUCCCUCCAGCUUCCUUCUUCAGGCCCAAUGGCCAAGUGUACAAUGGCACUGUAAAAGCGAGCGUUACCUUCGUGGACCCCCGUGACAUCACCACUGUGAAUGCUGCCUCCAGCGACCUGAAUUUCAUCAAUGCUGAAGGGGAUGUCUUCCCACUCAGGACUUACGGCAUGUUUUCAGUUGACUUCUGGGAAGAAGGGACCAACCAGGGGUUAGAAACGGGGCGUGUGGAAGUGAAGAUGGAUGCUGAGCUGAUCAAGAUGCCAGAACACAUUCAGAAAAUGAAGCUGUGGUCCCUCAACCCCGUGACUGGCCUGUGGGAGGAAGAAGGGUCCUUCAAGCAGGCUAAAGAGAAGCGGGGAAAGCGAGAGGAGAGGGCCUUUCUUAUUGGCAACCUGGAGAUCCGUGAACGUCGCCUCUUUAACCUUGAUGUUCCAGAGAACCGUCGCUGCUUUGUCAAAGUCCGGGCCUACAUCAAUGAGAAGUUCAUGCCUGAUGAGCAGAUGGAGGGGGUAGUGGUCACCCUCAUCAACCUGGAACCCAGGCCUGGCUACCCAUCCAAUCCUCAGGCCUGGGGUAGGUUCGACAGUGUGGUGACUGGUCCCAAUGGAGCUUGCUUGCCUGCUUUCUGCGAUGCCCAACGAGCCGAUGCUUACACAGCCUAUGUCACAGCUACCAUGGGAGGGGAGGAACUGGAAGCUGUGCCGUCUAGGCCACAGCUCAAUCCUGGUGCUAUUGGAGUUUCCCAGCCUUACUUGAACAAGCUUGGCUACCAGCGGACUGACCACGAUGACCCAGCCCUGAAGAAGACAGCCUUCAAGAUUAACCUGGCCAAACCCAACCAGAACAACAUCGAUGAGACCAAUGGGCCCAUCUAUGCCUACCGGAGUCUGAAACAAUGUGAAGAAGCACCAGUCACAGCCAACCAUUUCCGGUUCUACAGGGUAGAAGUGGACAAGUAUGAAUACAACGUCGUACCUUUCAAGGAGAGUGAUUUGACCACCUGGACAGGAGACUACCUCUCUUGGUGGCCCAACCCUCAGGAGUUCCGGGCCUGUUAUAUCAAAGUGAAGAUUAAUGGGCCUCAAGAGUACAUGGUGCGGUCACGAAAUGUGGGUGGCAGUCACCCAAGGACUCAAGGGCAGCUCUAUGGCCUGCGAGACACCCGUAGCGUCCGAGAUCUUGCCAUCUAUAACAGUUCAGCAGCUUGCGUAGAAUUCAAGUGCAGUGGGAUGUUGUUUGACCAGGGUUUGGUGGAUAGGACUUUCGUGUCCGUCAUUCCUCAAGGAAGUUGCCGGCGUACAGCUGUCAACAGCUAUCUGAGAGAAUACCUAGGCCGCCACCCCCCAGUGGUGGAAAAUAACAACACUGCAAUCUUCAACAUGUUGGCUCCAGUGGAUCCACUGGGACACAACUAUGGCAUCUACACUGUGACAGACCAGAACCCACGCCUUGCCAAGGAGAUUGCCAUUGGGCGCUGCUUUGAUGGGACUUCGGAUGGUUUCUCACGUGAGAUGAAGUCCACUACAGGGAUUGCCUUGACCUUCACCUGCCAGGAGAAGCCAGUGGGACGCAAAAGCUUCUUCCAGCGCCUGCUCGAAUUCCCUGCCCAGACGCUGACAGAGAUCCAGCGUGAAAUGAGAGGCAAUGAACAGCUGCGGGGCUCUUCCCAAGUGGUGGCUUACCCAUCUGGAUUGCGGACCAUGUUCUCCACACAGACCCGUCGGACCCCCAGUUUCCGAAGGAGAGUGGGUGCUACUUAGACAAAACAGUGAGCGACACAAAGAAAUCUUUGGGUCACGGCCUCACCCCAAUACAUUCUUCAGCUCCCUAACAUCGUUGGGCAGUGCCUCAAUGUGGCAAGCUUUGUCCCUCCUCACAGGCCAACACCCUAAAUCCUGCAAUACAAAACAACUGAAUCUGUUAAUCCCGUGGCAUCUUUUUGUCUACUGUUCCUACUCCUUUUAGCCUCGCUUCCCUGUUCUAUAUUAUGCACAAGGUCUUCCUCCCAUGUUCUCAUUGCAGCUAAUCCCUGAUUCAGCUCUCCUUGCCACCCACCUGCCAGAUGGACUUCUCUUUUCCAUUUUUGUUGGUACCUCUUUGUUGGUAGCUAAUACCACCCUUUUG